UCACAUCAGAUCAAAGGGCCCCAUAAUGAAAUCCAUUGCCACAAUGCCACGUGUGUUGUAGGCAUGGAAGGUUGAUGAUAUAAGCAUGAAGUGUGAUGAAGCAUUGAUAUCAAUCAAACAACCAACAAAUUCUCUAAUCUAAACAAGACAGCCACCUUAAAUUCAUUGCUUGUACAACUCUAAUUUUAUGACAAUCUUUUUACCCCCAACUAUAUAUGAUCCAAGUGUUCUUAUACAUUUCAUGCAACUAAUCAUAUAACAAAACGUAAUAUCUAGAUCAAAUAAAUACACACACUCCCUCCUACUCCUAGUGAAACAAGGUUCCCUUGAAUGGUAACAUAUUCCGUUACUUUAAAAGCAAUCAAAGUUGUUUUAGAGUGGGAUGUCAGCACACCCUAAUUUUUUAACACCCUCUUGGAUCUUUGGUGAUGCCCAUCUUCAAAACACACACACACACACACACACACACACAUCUUCCAUCUCACGUCAUCUUCUCUAACUAUACAUACCCCAAUAUAUCUUGACCAUCAAUAUACCACUUACUAUCUUCAACCAUAUUACUCACUCCUACUAUAUAGAUUAUAGAUAUUUAAGUCCAAAGAAUUGCAUUAGCAUAUAUCGGUCAUAAUCAAGAAUAAUGGGAGAUAACAACUUGAAUUUGCCUCCGGGCUUUCGAUUCUACCCAACGGAUGAAGAAUUGGUGGUCCAUUUCCUCCACCGGAAGGCGACACUGCUACCUUACCAUCCGGAUGUCAUCCCAGAUCUUGAUCUUUACCCUUACGAUCCUUGGGACUUGGAUGGUAAAGCAUUGUCGGAAGGGAAGAAGUGGUAUUUUUACAGCAGAAGAACAGCUAAGAGGAUAACGGAGAGUGGAUAUUGGCAACCAAUAGGAGUUGAAGAGCCAAUUUAUUCAAGUGGUGCAAAAAAAGUUGGUGUCAAAAAAUACUCUGCUUUUUAUAUGGGUGAGCCUUCGCAAGGCGUCAAGACUAAAUGGAUCAUGCAUGAAUACAAGGUUUCGAGUUCGACUUCAAGUUCCAGCUCCUCAACACAAAAAAAUUCUUCCAAGAUUGAUCAUAGUAAAUGGGUUGUUUGUCGUGUGUACGAGGAGGAGGAGGAGGAGGAUGGUGGUGGGGCAGAGCUUUCAUGCUUGGAUGAAGUCUUCCUUUCACUAGAUGAUCUUGAUGAAAUUAGCUUGCCCAAUUUUUGACUAUUUUUUUUUGUAUUUCCCAUCUUUAUAUAUUCUGUAUCUUAAGCAAUCGUUGCAUAUUUCGUGUGAGAUACAAAAUACGAGAAACACAAAAAUGAAAAAAAAUAUCAUAGAUAGUGGUAGCUUUUUGUUGAAAAUCAGAAUAUGUAUUGAUGGUUAUUAGGAAUUCGCAAGUUGUAUGUGAUCAAUAUAAUACUUAUUAGAAGUUGGGAAAUCUGUGUUUUUGGAUAAACGUAGUGCCCAGAGAUGACUUUAAAUGUUGAUGUGGCAGUAUUGGUAUUACGACACGUGGAAUUAGAAUCUUGAUAUCCAUUCCUACAAGGAUAAGAUACAUUAUUUAUUGAAAAUGGACAAAAUUUAAGAAAUUGAUGGCACGUUACUUUUUGCUUUUAUAUUGUCCAGUUUGAAUUUUGAUUGCCAAGGAUAUGAAUCUUAACGUAAAAUUAGUAAAAACAUGAGAGACAGAAAAUGUAACUAGAUAUUAUUGAUCAAAUUUAUUAGUACUAAUAUUAUUAUAAAUGACCUUCGUGAACGCUCAGCAAAUUGCCCGGGAUUGGAUUAUAUACAUCUAAGCAACUCUAUCUAAAUCAUUCCUUCUUAAUAUAUACUUAUAGAUCAGAUCAAAUCAAAUCAAAUGCUUAUUUAUUUUGCUUACAGGAGGGGUUAGUGGGCUCUCUCUGUUUGGUUGGAUCGAAAUAUUUAAGUAUACUUUCUUUGGUAGUUUGUUCAGCUUCCUCUUGGCUGAUUAUAAUUUCUUUUACUUUUCGAAUUAUUUUAGCAUUGCGUUUAUGUACUAUUAUGAUUGGUAGUAUUUGGUAUCAGUCUUUUACCAC